AUGGCUCCCAACGAUCGCUCCGGCGACCGAGUUCACCACCCACUAACCUCCGGCUACUCAACCUCCCCUCUUGCCGAAACCGUCAUCGCCCGCGACAUCCAAAACUACUACGCAGACGACCAAGGGUCUAUGCUCACGAGCGACGACGAAGACUCAGAAACAGGCACCGUGCGCCCGUUGAACGGCAGCGAACCCGGGACGAACCCUCACUCGUUAGCGGGGUCUUAUCGGCGACCUAGCUUUUUCACCACCGUCUCUCAUGCGACGGUCGUUCCGUACCAUGCGGAUCGGGAGGGAUUGACGCGCGGAGAGCGCGAUCAGGCGAUUGAGGAGGAGAGACGGUUGCUGAAUGACAAUCAUGUCAUUGAGCGUGGGUAUGGUGGGAGGGGGAUGAGUCUGCCGCAGAAGAUCUCGGGCUUUUUGUCGCGUCGGUCCGCGGAGCCUUUGAGACGCCAUAGUGCGCAUGCCGCGACAGAGGAUACAUCGUUGCUCAGACCAGACAACGCUCAACCCCAAGAACUAGACCAAGAAGAGAUCGAUCGCAAAUGGGAGGAAGCAGUGGCUGCGGGGCAGAUAAGGACAUCGUGGAAGCGCGAAGCACUGGUUAUCAGCAAAUAUGCCGCGCCGUUGGUUGUGACGUUUUUGCUCCAGUAUUCGUUGACUGUCGCUAGUAUCUUCACAGUGGGUCAUCUGGGCAAGAGGGAGCUUGGUGCAGUCAGUCUGGCGAGCAUGAGCGUGAAUAUCACCGGAUAUGCAGUAUACCAAGGUCUGGCGACGAGUCUGGAUACACUUUGCGCGCAAGCGUAUGGUUCCGGGAAGAAGAAAUUGGUCGGUUUGCAGAUGCAGAGGAUGAUCAUCUUCCUCUGGAUGUGUACUAUCCCCAUUGCGUUGCUGUGGUUCUUUGCGGAUAGGAUCUUGAUGAGAAUCGUUCCGGAUCAAGAGGUGGCUUAUUUGGCAGGAUUGUAUACCAAGGUGCUCAUCUUGGGGGCCCCGGGUUAUGCUUGUUUCGAGAGUGGGAAGCGGUUUAUGCAAGCACAGGGGUUGUUCUCUGCAUCUCUUUAUAUUCUCCUUAUUUGCGCGCCGCUUAAUGCGUUCAUGAACUGGCUCUUCGUUUGGCACUUUGGCUGGGGCUUCGUUGGAGCACCAAUUGCGGUCAUGAUAACGGACAACUUAAUGCCCACCCUACUGUGCCUCUACGUCUACUUCAUCGCCGGCUCCGAAUGCUGGAACGGUCUCUCAAAACGCGCAUUGUCGAAUUGGCUCCCGAUGAUCAAACUAGCCCUCCCAGGACUCAUCAUGGUCGAAGCAGAAUGUCUAGCCUUCGAAAUCCUGACGCUCGCUUCCUCUUACCUGGGCACAGACGAACUCGCCGCCCAAUCAGUCCUCUCCACCCUCGGCAGCAUCACCUUCCAAAUCCCCUUCCCCCUCUCCAUCGCAGCCAGCACCCGCGUCGCAAACCUAAUCGGCUCGACCCUCGUUGACUCCGCUCGCACCUGCGCAAAGGUAUCAUUCACCGGCGCAACCAUCGUCGGCCUCCUCAAUGUCCUCCUCCUAUCCUCCCUCCGCACCUACCUCCCCCGCCUCUUCAGCUCCGACGAACAAGUCAUCGACCUCGUCGCAGCCGUCCUCCCCCUCUGCGCCGCUUUCCAACUCUUCGACGCCCUCGCCACAAACUGCAACGGCCUCCUCCGUGGCCUGGGUCGACAGGCCUUUGGCGGCUGGGUGCAGUUGUUUUGCUAUUAUGCCGUGGCGAUGCCGAUUAGUUUCGGCACGACGUUUGGCUUGGAUUGGGGGCUUUAUGGUCUUUGGACUGGUGUUGCAAUUGCGUUGGGGUUGGUUUCGUUGAUUGAGGGGGUGUUUUUGCGGAGGACGCGGUGGGAACGCGCGGUGGAGGAUGCUAUUCAGAGGAAUUCGUUGGCUUGA